CCCGAGAAGCUCGCCUCCCUCGGCGAGUCGUUGCCGCGGCUGACCGCUGCGCUGGAGACGGCGAUGCGGGCGAGCGCCGCGCCGCAAAAGGCGGCGCACGAGGCGCUGGUCAAGGCGCACGCCGCCGACGAGAAGCGGCGCGUGGCCGAGACCGCGGCGCUGGCCGCCUCCGACCCGAGCAAGCUGGUCGGGAGCGAGGUGAGCGUGCGGCGCAAGGUGCAGCGCGGCAGCUCCACGUCCACGACGUGGCAGGACGGCCGCAUCAUCGCGUUCGCCGCCGACCAGGGCUGCCACACGGUGCAGUACUCCAAGGACGCCGCCGCCGAGGAGCUCAACUUGGUGCAGCUGCCGUGCGGCGCGGCGGGCGGCGGCGCGGCCGGCGGCGGCAGCGGCGCACUCGCGUGGAGGCCAAAGGGCGCCGCUCCACCAAAGGGUCGCUUUCAGUGGGACGCGGCGAGCGAGGAGGCGUUGCUGGCGCUCGGCUGCGCCCAGCUCUCGCUGCAGGAGAAGGAGGGGGAAUGGAGCAAGCUUCCGAGUCAGCUCCUGCGAAAGCCGAUCCUGCAUGGCACGUGGCGCCGCCCAGCCACCCCGGAGGACGGCAAGGACGACAAGGACGACGGCAAGGAGGGCAAGGAGGACGGCACCGGCGUCGAGGCGCCUGCCUUCAAGGCGAUGAUUGAGAAGGUGCGGAAAAUGCUGCCCCACGGCUGGGUCACGAACAAGAUCGUCGCAACCACGUUCGAGAGGGUGCGUGCGGCCCCGCCGCCGUCGCCUUCACCGGCCGCUGCGGCGCCGGCCGCUGCAGCGGGAGACGCGCCCGGGCCGCCAUCGCCGAUGUCACCCGUGCCUCUGUAACGCCAAGGUGUACAGAGGUGUACGUGAGAGAGAGUUCUGUGAUACCCCAUGUCGCACCGCGGUCCGCCCAUGAGCCAUGUCCUAUGUGACCAGUACGAGGCGCUGGCACACCUGGCAGCUUGGGGCUGCGGCUGGUCCCCUGUGAGCUGUGUUUCCCCCCGAGACGAACGAAGCGAAGCACACACGAGAACGCACAGGCACACACACACGCGACGCGCAGUGUUGUGUACUGUUGAAAAAUAUUGCCGAUCGCUC